CAAUUAACGCACCAUUUGGCCCUCAAAAACCACUCUUUCUUCUUCUCUCCUCCCUCUUUCUCUCUCUACCCCUCUCAAGUUCAACUCUCUAUCCCUAACCAGAUCAGAUCUCAUCCUCUCUGUGAUCUGACCAUGGCGGCCACUACCUCGCCUCGCGAAGAGAACGUCUACAUGGCCAAGCUUGCCGAGCAGGCGGAGCGCUAUGAAGAGAUGGUCGAGUUCAUGGAGAAAGUCUCCGCCGCCGUCGACAACGAAGAACUUACCGUCGAAGAGAGGAAUCUCCUCUCCGUUGCCUACAAAAACGUCAUCGGCGCCCGCCGUGCCUCCUGGCGUAUCAUUUCCUCCAUCGAGCAAAAGGAGGAGAGCCGCGGAAACGAGGAUCAUGUCUCCAUGAUCCGUGAUUACCGAUCUAAGAUCGAGACUGAGCUCUCCAACAUCUGUGAUGGGAUCCUCAAGCUUCUUGAUUCCCGUCUUAUCCCCUCCGCUUCUUCCGGUGAUUCCAAGGUCUUUUACCUCAAGAUGAAGGGUGAUUAUCACAGGUACCUUGCUGAGUUCAAGACUGGAUCCCAGCGCAAGGAUGCUGCUGAGAGCACGCUCACUGCAUACAAAUCUGCUCAGGACAUUGCAAAUGCCGAACUGCCUCCCACCCAUCCAAUUAGGCUUGGCCUUGCGCUGAACUUUUCUGUGUUCUACUACGAGAUUUUGAACUCCCCAGAUCGGGCUUGCAAUCUUGCCAAACAGGCUUUUGACGAAGCCAUUGCUGAAUUGGAUACUUUGGGAGAGGAGUCAUACAAGGAUAGCACUUUGAUCAUGCAACUUCUUCGUGACAACCUUACCCUGUGGACCUCCGACAUGCAGGAUGAUGGUGCUGAUGAAAUUAAAGAAGCAGCACCUAAACAAGAUGAAGAAGCUAAGUGAACUUAUUUUACUUUUAAUUAGGAUUGAACUUCUCCUCUAUAUGUUUUAAAAGGGAGAAGAUGCUUGUUUCUAAUCUCGAUGCUACUGAGAUUUUAGGCAUUCAUGUCUUUGUUAUGAAUUAUGGAUGUACUGGGCCCUUUUAGUUUGUCCUUCCAUUUUUACGUGUUUCUGAAUUUGCCUAUUCUAUUGAGGACAUGGAAGUUUUUCGUAUAUGCAAUUGGAAUUUUAAGAUUA